AGUGCUCACGAAGUGAAGACGUUUCAUUGCCGCCCAGCCAAUCCAAUUGUUUGUCUACCCCCCGCUCAUUUUCCGCCGCGUGCCGUCGACCGUCGCGAACAAAGAGUGGAAAAUUUCCAAGUCAGCAGAAAAAUCCUUUUGUGUUGCGGAGUACCCGAGUGGAAGGGACAAGUGGAAAAACACCUGAAGAACUGCUUGCUGCGCUGCUUUGCUGCUGGUCAAGAAAAGAUCGUCUUUUCUGGCCCAAAAUUCUGAUCGUUCCGGCUUUGAUUUUCUUUGGAUGGGUGUGAGGCGUAGUAUGCAAGAGAACUGCUGCAAUAAGGACUGCCUGGGUCUCCGAAAGCGUGUCUGUGGUCUCCAUCAAACCUUCAAGUGGCUGCACCAGACCCCCGCCCUGCACGAGUACCUCAUCUCCGCCAGUUCGGUUGCUGCAAACACAGGCAAGGCGAGCGAGCCCAGAGCGACAGUCUAAAGUCCACCCUAAGACCAAAGCAAAAACACCAAACGAAUAUAGAUCGACAAUAUUAGCUAAA